CUGGGGUCUUCUUUUGUCUUGUUAAAACUCCCAAAUGGCUCUCAAGGCUGAUCUUUGCAGUGUCAUGGAUGCUAAGAUGCGCCCCGGAAAGGGUUUGGGGUUCGUUCACCCAGGCUCACGGAUUUUCAAUAAUUUGAGCCUCCGAAACAAUGCAAGUACAUCUUUGCCGUGUUUAUCUUUGAAAAAUCAGAAGCAGCAUUCCAAUUAUAAUCGCAUGGUUCUCUGUAUGUCUGCACGAGGAGCUACAAGACUGAGUGCUGCAGCUAUACCUUUAGAAGCUGAGGACACUAGACCUCUGCGUUCAGACCCUGGCCCGACUUACACAACAACAGUUGUCUCAAAUGACACUCUUGUUGGCCCCAAAGGCGGCCUCGGAGAGACCUGCCAUAUUGUGCUUGAUCACGGAGGUAGUUUUACUUUCGUGGAAGGCCAAUAUCUUGGAGUAAUUUUACCAUCGACCAAAAAAAUGAACUAUUUCUCAGUUGCAUCAUCUGAUCAUGACAAGACAAUCAGUUUAUGCGUUCGUCGUUCACAAACAACACCGGACAGCAUCAGUGACUACCUCUGUAGGAGUAAAGCAGGAGAUACAAUUUCCAUUACAGGCCCUUAUGGGGGACAAAUGGUAUUUCCAAAUGAUCCAAAUGCCAAACAUAUCAUGGUUACAACGACAACUGGUAUUGCUCCUUGCCGCAGCAACCUUGAGGGAUUGUUUCCAAUUUCGAAAUCAAAUGCUAAAUUCACGGGACUGGCCUGGUUGAUUGCCGGGGCCGAAAACUACAACAGCUUGCUUUACAAUGAGGAAUUCUUGGUCAUCUUGAAGGACUACCCUGGCCAAUUUAGAUAUCAGAGGGCCUUGAAUAAUUCUGUAGCGGAUAGCAUCUAUAGAAGUGGUGAUGAAAUUUUCACACUUUUGGAUGGAGGUGCAUAUAUAUAUUUCGCUGGAUCAAUGAUGAUGAUGCCUGAAAUUUAUGCAACAUGUGAACAAAUUGCCACGGAAAGAUUUGUGGUUUGGGCAGAUAUGCUAGCACGGCUGAGAGAAAAUGAUCAGUGGCGUGUUGAAGUUUACUAGAUAACUUCAAUGCAAUAAUUUUAUGUUAAAUUGGUGGCAACCACAUAAAGUAUUGUCCUUAAUAAAUAAGUGCCACCUGACCUGGAUGCAUGGUUUGCAAGUCUUGUCGCGAGUAUUGUCCUUAAUAGAUAAGUGCCACCUGCAUGGUGUGCUAGUCUUGUCGCAAGUAUUGUCCUUAAAGUGCCACCUACAUGGUGAACAUGUACGUCUUGU